AUGGAGCCCUCUCCGUGCGCGUCCAUGGCUCUGGAGCGGUUGCCUUUCAACAACAGCGCCCUAAAAAAGCUGCCGGUGGAUGACUCCGAUGAGCCUGGCUCCCGGACGGUCCCAGCGGCGUGUUUCUCUCGAAUUCGGGCUCUUCAACCUCUGGUGCACCCGAUCUUCGUGGCUGUGUCCCGGUCGGCGCUGGCUCUGCUCGGCCUGACCGUGCAGGACUUGCUCAGUAAUCCCUCGGCCCCGGAGUACCUGAGCGGCUCCAGGCGGCUGCCGGGCUCCGAGCCGGCUGCUCACUGUUACUGCGGGCACCAGUUCGGCCUGUUUGCGGGGCAGCUGGGAGACGGAGCGGUGAUGUACUUAGGGGAGGUGGAGUCUGGCACCCACGGGCGAUCGGAGAUUCAGGUGAAGGGCGCAGGGGUCACACCUUACUCCAGAGACGGCGAUGGCAGGAAGGUGCUUCGCUCCAGCAUCAGAGAGUUCCUGUGCAGCGAGGCCAUGGCCGCCUUGGGGAUACCCAGCACCCGUGCGGCCUCCCUCGUGACCUCUGACCUUUACGUCAGCAGAGAUCCACUCAACAGCGGCAGGCGUGUUCCCGAGCGCUGCUCAGUCGUCCUGCGACUCGCCCCUUCCUUCAUCAGAUUUGGAUCUUUUGAGAUCUUUCUGGGCCGUGAUGAGUUCUCAGGCCUGCAGGGGCCCAGUGCAGGGCGGCAUGACAUUCGGGCUCGGCUGCUGGAUUAUGUCAUCGAGACCUUUUAUCCUUGCAUCCAGCAGACUCAUAGCAACCGGAAAGAUAGGAAUAUGGCCUUUUUUAGAGAGGUGAUGAUGCGAACUGCUAGACUAGUGGCCCAGUGGCAGUGUGUUGGUUUUUGCCAUGGCGUCCUUAACACAGACAACAUGAGCAUCUUGGGUCUUACUCUGGAUUACGGCCCCUUUGGCUUCAUGGACAGAUUUGAUCCAGAUUUCGUGUGCAACUCCUCGGACAGAAGAGGACGCUACUCUUACCAAGCCCAGCCAUCUGUGUGCCGCUGGAACCUGACUCGCCUGGCAGAGGCGUUGGGCUUUGAGCUGGAUGCAGUCCAGGCAGGAGCUGUCCUGGAUGAGUUUACGCCCACAUACGAAGCCUUCUACCUGUGCGCCAUGAGGAAAAAACUGGGCCUUGUGAGAAAAGAAGAGGCAGAGGACAGCGAGCUCGUAUCGGACCUGCUGCGCCUCAUGCACGACACUGGUGCAGAUUUCACCAACACCUUCCGCCUGCUGAGUCGUGUCCCUUGGCCUGAGGAGGGCGACACUGAGAAGGCCACAGUGGGGCCAGUAGUGGACCUCAUCCUGGAGCAGUGUGCCUCUAUUGAGGAGCUAAAGGUGGCUAAUAAGCCAACUAUGGAGGACCGUGAGUUGGCAAGGAUUCUGUCCAUGGCACAAACCAACCCAGUCAUGUUUGGGAUGGUGGCAGACACGCCAGGCGUGUCCCAGCAACUGGAACGGAUGGGACGGUUAAAGGAGCUGCUGGGGACAGAUCAGGACGAGCUUCAGAAAAAGCAGCGGGAUGACUGGAUUCGCUGGGUGAGCCGAUACAGGAGGCGUUUAUCCAGGGAGAGUGAUGGCACGAGUGACUUGUCUCUCAUCAUACAGGAGAGGCUCGGAGUGAUGAACAGUGCCAACCCCCGUGUCGUCCUAAGAAACUACAUCGCCCAGAAUGCAAUUCAGGCUGCAGAAAAGGGAGACUUCUCUGAGGUCAACAGGGUCCUCAAAGUUCUGCAGGAACCAUACUCUGAUUCCACUGGGCAGGAGCCUUUGGAUGGACCUUGCACCUAUGACAGGAAACCUCCUGCCUGGGCACAAAGAAUUUGUAUCACCUGAUCCUCGUAGAGCCUCCCAGACAGUGAAGGAGAGAGGUCUGGAGCACAUACACCUGUCACUACUGCUGCAGGUGCUCCUCCCCACCCCCACCUCAGACGUUCUCUCCUGCUGCCUGAAGGGAGGUUGUUAUGUAACCCAGCGUGUUCCAGUGUUCAUCAGUGUGGUCGCAUAUCAGUGUUUGUGUGAUCACAAUGCCUUUAUUGCAGUGAUAGUAUCACAGUCAAAAUUUGAUAAACAACCAAGUACAAAUAAAUUGAUGAUGCUGUUAAAGGCAUACAGGUUGUAGAUGCUGAUGAAGUAUGAUGGCUCAGACGACUAGUCACACAAUGACCUGUCUGGGUCUGAAACACCAGGAACACACUGACGUUAGUUAUUUACAGACUGUAUGAGGUCAUCA